AUGCGGGCCACUGCGAUCAUAUGUGCGUUGGCCGCUAUUGGUGCCAACGGCGCCCGCAUUUUACAGUCAAAUGACGAUGGAUGGGCUGAGCUUUAUAUAAGAACAUUGAAUGAAGCAUUGAACGAAGCUGGGCACGAUGUCGUGCUUUCAGCUCCAGCGGAGAACAAUUCCGGGCAAGGUUCAAGCGAUGAGGAGCCAAGCCCAAGGGAUGAUGCAUGUCAAUACAACAGUUGCUCGCCGGAUGGUGCACCUGUCGGAACCAAUUCCACAAACAACCGACUGAAUUGGGUAAAUUCUUUCCCUGUGACCUCAGCCAGGUACGGCCUCGACACUUUUGGUCCCCAAAUCUGGAACAAUCAACCGGCAGAGCUGGUCGUUUCUGGACCUAAUGUCGGCACCAACCUAUGGGUUCAGGUGCCUUUCUCCGGUACCGUUGGUAUAGCCGUCUACGCCGCCCACGAAGCCAAGGUCCCGUCUAUUGCCUUUUCUGGUGCUUCGACUGGCAAUCUGGCCUGGAACACUGUCCCUGUGCCGUCGCGUAGCUCGGUCUAUGCAGCACUUGCUCGGAAUUUCACGGACGCCAUUCUCGCGGCGGGCAAGCCAUAUCUGCCAGACGGCGUUUGGCUCAAUGUCAACUUUCCGAAGGUUGAGGGCGCUUGCACGGAUCCAGCCAAUUUUCGUUGGGUUCUAAGUCGUAUCAAUCUCGACCCCUUCGUUGAAGAUGUUGAGCAUUGCGGUACCAAGCACUUACCAACCGAGACAGAGGUGAUUCUUCGCGGUGGUUGCCAGAUUUCAGUUAGUGUUGGCGAUGCAACAGACAAGACAACAGCUUCUGCAGACAAGCAAGCAAUCGUUCGGGACAAGUUGAGCAAUCGGCUAACAUGUAUCGAUGAUUAG